UAAAAUUCAGAGGACGGUAAUGAGAAACCAUACCAGAGUGACAGUGUUCAUACUAGCAGGUUUGACUGAUAACCCAGAAUUGAAAGUUGUGUUGUUUAUCUUUCUGCUUCUCACCUAUGUGCUAAGCAUCACUGGCAAUCUGAUCAUCAUCACACUCACCCUGAUGGAUAUUCACCUUAAAACUCCCAUGUAUUUUUUCCUUCGGAAUUUUUCCUUCUUAGAGAUUUCCUAUACUACUACAUGCAUCCCUAAAUUGCUAGUUACUAUGGCAACUGGGGACAAAAGCAUUUCUUAUAACAGUUGCGUCACUCAAGUGUUUUUUGCCUUCCUACUUGGAGCAUCAGAAUUUUACUUGCUGGCAGCCAUGUCCUAUGACCGCUAUGUGGCCAUCUGUAAGCCACUGCAUUACACCACCAUCAUGAGCAGCAAAAUCUGCUUGCAGCUUGUGCUUGGGUGCUGGGUUUUUGGUUUUCUCGUCAUCUUUCCACCACUCCUCUUAGGGCUAAAUCUUGACUUCUGUGCCUCCAAUGUCGUUGAUCAUUUCUACUGUGACACUACCCCCCUCCUGCAGAUUUCCUGCACAGACACGCAGCUCCUGGAGAGGAUGGGAUUCAUCUCAGCGUUGGUGACACUCUUAGUCACAUUGGUAAUGGUGAUAAUAUCAUAUACUUAUAUUGCCCUGACAAUUCUAAAAAUCCCUUCAACUAGUCAGAGGAAAAAGGCUUUUUCCACAUGUUCGUCUCACAUGAUUGUGAUAUCCCUUUCUUAUGGCAGCUGCAUCUUCAUGUAUGUUAAGCCAUCAGUCAAACAAAGGGUAUCUUUUUCAAAGGGAAUUUCGGUGCUCAAUACCUCUGUUGCUCCACUUUUGAACCCUUUCAUCUACACCUUAAGAAACCAACAAGUGAAAAAAGCCUUCAUGAAUGUGAUGUACAGGAUUAUCUCUUUCUCAAGGAAAUGAGCAUUCAAUUGUAUUAUAUAAAGGACAUGAAGAAAGGAGUCUCAAAUAAUGUCACUGAAUACAGUAGGAGCUUCAAUGACAGAA